CAGCUCGCUAGAGCCUCACUCGAGCAAUUCUCAGCAGUCGCGGCGAGGCCGGCUGAGGCGAGGCAUCUUGUACGCGAGCGGCGGCCAUGGAGCCCACCCAUGGCUGAGGGCCACGUGAACGGCGGUCAACGGGCCCAGCUGGAGGCCCACCGGCCCACUCGCAAGACCAAGUCCGUCUCCUUCCACAGUGCUACCAGUUUGCCCACCGAGCGAAAAAUUUCCAGUGCAUCGGCAUGCCUACAUUACAUGAUGGGUGGCAGCAGUCUUAUCAAGGUGCGUCCAAACUCAAGACAAUAUCAUCGCUUUUUCACCCUCGCCGAGGAUCUGAGUGCAAUCCGAUGGACGCCGACUUCAAAAAAGGCCUCAAAAGCAAUGGUUAACAUUGAGAGCAUAAAAGAAAUUCGCGCGGGCAAGAACACGGACGUUCUGCGCAACAAGGAUAUCAGCUCGCACCAUCUCGAAGACUGCGCCUUCUCAAUUCUGUACGGAGACAAUUUCGAGUCGCUCGACCUGGUGGCUCCCUCCUCCGAAGAGGCAAACAUCUGGGUCACGGGCCUCAACGCCCUCAUCGGCGCCUCGAAAUCUCCGGACGCGAUUGGUGAAAAACAGGCGCUGCGUGAAAGAUGGUUGCAGCACAUGUUUGACAAAGCGGCUGCUGACCAUGACAGUCUGGACCAAGGUACAGCAAUCAGCCUCAUCCAGAAGCUUAGUGGCCAAACGGCCGCCACCGAGAAGAUCAGGCAAAAACUUCUGGAAUUUGACCAAAUGAAGAUGGAUGGCAAGCGAGGGCAGGUGGACAGUAAAGAGUUCAUCGAUAUGUUCAAGGAAGUGGCCACCAGACCAGAAAUUUACUUCCUUUUAAUAAGGUUUGCUAACAAGGACUACCUGACACUUGAGGACCUGCAGCUCUUCCUCGAAGGCGAACAGGGGAUCUCAGAUUUGACGUCAGAAAAGUGCUUGUCCAUAAUUCUGAAGUACGAACCGAACCCAGAGGCGCGGGAGAAGAACCAGCUGCAAAUCGACGGUUUCACCAAGUUCCUGCUGUCAGAGGACUGCGACAUUUUCGACCCAGUGCAGCGGGCCGUUUGUCAGGACAUGUCGCAGCCACUCACGCACUACUUCAUUUCCUCCUCCCACAACUCGUACUUGCUCGAGGACCAGGUCAAAGGGCCCUCCAGCGUAGAGGGCUACAUUAGGGCGCUCGGAAAUGGCUGCCGUUGCGUCAAAGUUGACUGCUGGGACGGCCCAGAACAGCCCCUCGUGUACCACGGCAACUCAAUGACCUCAAAAAUCCUUUUCAGAGACUGUAUAGAAGUAAUAAAGGAAUUCGCUUUCAUUUAUUCUCAAUAUCCCUUGAUAAUUCACUUGGAGAACCACUGCACUGUUGAACAGCAGCGGAUGGUGGCAGGAAUAUUGCGAACUGUUCUUCGGGAGCAUUUGUACAUCCAUAAGGACAACAGUCCCAAAGAGCCCUGCCAAAUGAGUCCUGUCGAGCUCAGGGGCAAAAUUCUCAUCAUGGGCAAGAAACUGCCAGCCGAGUGUAAAGAAGAGAGCGGCGAGGUGAGUGACGAAGACGAAGGCUGUGACAACAACAAUCGCCGCGCCAGCACCAUCAACAAGGUCCCUGACAAGGCCCAAACAAUCACUCUGUGCAGAGAACUCUCCGACCUCGUCGGCUUGCUCAGGACCAAGUUCAUCGACUUUGCUACUUCUAAGCAAACUCAAACAACCAAGGAAAUGUGUUCACUAAGCGAGUCGGCGGCCACGAGGUUGGCACAUGCGUGCGCCGAGGAUUUUGUCAAUCACAACAAGUCCUUCCUCACCAAGGUGUUUCCUAAUGCGAGCCGAGUCGACUCGAGUAAUUUCAACCCACAGGACUUUUGGAACUGUGGCUGCCAGUUAGUGGCUUUGAACUUUCAAACGCCAGGCCAAAUGAUGGACCUGUACGAUGGUAGAUUUAGACAGAAUGGAGGAUGUGGUUAUGUUUUGAAACCGUCUGUGAUGAGAGAAGAGAUCUCCUUCUUUAGUGCUAACAUUAGAGACCUUGUACCUGGAGUAGCUCCUCAAACCCUUCACAUUAAGAUAAUAAGCGGGCAGCAACUGCCACGACCCAGGGGAUCAAUGGCAAAGGGGGACGUAAUCGACCCCUACAUAGUGAUCCAGUUGUUUGGCAUUCCAGCAGACUGUACUGAGAGAAAAACAAAAACUGUGUCCAACGAGGGCAACUGUCCUAUAUUUGAGGAGAGUUUUGAGUUUCAGGUUGUGCUCCCAGAACUGGUGCUUGUUCGUUUUGUAGUUCUCGACGAUGAAUAUAUUGGUGACGAUUUUAUCGGCCAAUACACCAUUCCCUUUGACUGCCUCCAACCAGGCUAUCGUCACAUUCGACUUCUUUCCAACACUGGUGAGCCCUUGGAGAACUCAAUUCUCUUUGUGCACAUCGCUAUCACUAAUAAAAAAGGUGGAGGGAAGCUGAAAAGUUCAAAAUCGGAAAAACUUCACACAGACAUCCGGACUGUUGGUUUGAAACAAGUGGAUGAGCAAUUAAAGGGUGCAACAGCAGAUCUGCUGGAGGUUCUCAGGGUGCGUCAAGACGUGGAGUUGGCCAUGGAGGCUUUGCGAGCCGACUGUGGGCUCAGCGAGGCAGCCAACAUGAAGCAGUGUCUCAGGGUGUUGCUCCAUAGGCUGGCAAAUAGUCCACAUGUCUCAACAGUUUCCAUACAAGACUUUGAAGGAGUUCCGCGGAUCAAAAUUGAGUCGUCAGGGCUGCCGACCCAUCUUCAAAGGGGAGUAAGUCUCUUCGAAAGGGUCAUGUGUGAGAUGCAGUUCAUGACAGAGCACGGGGAGCGUCUUUUCAGCCAGAUCAGCAGCCACCACUCCAGUUUACUCGAGUUCCACGAAGAACUGCCAACCUUAGCCAGCCAGGCUGGACUCAAGGGAAAAAAGUACAACAAAGUACACGAGAACUACACGUGGAAUGUUCGAAUUUUGAGAGGACAAAUGGACCUUCUUGAGAGUUGCAAAAAGGAGUGCUCACAAGCUAUGGCACAGGUGCAGAGCUCUGCCUCCUCAAUAGGCACCUACUUAGUCAAAGAAAAGAGUCCAGCGAUGGCCACUCGAGGCCAGCAGCAACAACGGAAGUUGAAUUUAUUCUGCAAGCGGCCGUCCCUGGACGCCAUUCACGUGAUGCAGCCAAGCAGUCCGACGUCGCCGGGUCAGCCACCGGCUAGUCCAUCAUGCAUUAAGCCCAAAAGCAUCCUCAAAAAGUCAAACUCCAACAUCGAGCAGGGCUCCGUCGCAGGGUACGUUUCGCCGACUAACAGCCUCCGCUCUAACUCGUGGAUCUCCGCCAACGACCAGUGAUUUUAUUUCGUCCGUCUUAUUUUAUUAUUAAUUUAACGGCUUUAUUUGCAACCAAACCUGCUUCUUGCCAUUUUGACGCAAAUAUUUUACCCCUCUCUAAUCAAAAUCUAAGAGGCUUUGCAAUAAUUACGCUUAUUUAACCUUAAAUUAUUUUUAUUUUUACGUACAUAAUAUAAAUUUCUUUAGAAUUUAACCAAUUAAAUGUGUUUUUUUUCCCUUUUUUUACGAGAUUUUUAAUUGGAGAAACAGAGCCAAUUGACAGUGGAAUAUCCGGGAAUAUCAAUAUGAAAAGCGAAAUCAAAAUCAAGUACGGAAAAUAAAAAGCGGGUAAAAAUCUUGUCUAGUCUGCACGUGCCUUGUCCACUACAAUUGUCUGUCAGCCACUUUUAUGAUUCAUGAACAAUCUAAAAAAAAGUUGAAAAAGACGGCUCUGCAAUGAAUGCAAUUUUUUCUUAAUUUAACACAAAGUCUUGCGGUAUACAGAGAGGAGAAAUCACUCAACUCGAGAGGUUUGAAGUAAAAAAAUAAUAACAAAAAUAAAACUAUAAAUGCCUUCCAGUACAGAAUUUAAUGUUUUAAAAAUGUUGUUUAAGAGUUUAGCCGAGCGAAAAAGCAGAUGAAUGUAUGAGAUGAACUUUUUAAACUAUACACAUACCAAAUUUUACUAGAAGGAAAAAUGUUAAUUAUUACAAAUAUAUAUACACGAGAGAAGGAUUUUUUACCAAUGAAUACCAAUGCAAUGUUCUAUAAUUUCAUUCAAACGUUUGUCGAGCAAUAUUUUCAAAAUGAAUUUUUCUGCAAAGGAUCGACUGGCGGUUGGGGCCUCUGUCUCGCAACAGAGUCUUUCUUGACCUCUGACCCAGGCAGGUAUUUUAUUUCGUUUGUGAGAAUCUCGGCCUGCUUUUUGGAGUUAGUGCGCGUGUUUUAAUACUUUUUAUUAUUUUGGAUGGUUUUUGUGCGACAGACGAACAUAAUCAAAGUGAUUUUGUUUUACCAUUUUAAUGAGAAUAUGUGUGUUCAUUAAAGAAAGAAAACAUGUCAGCAGCCCUUGUAUACUGAAAACUAUUGUGCUUGUGAUCCUCUCUUUCGUGGGGAAAUAUAGGCGAAUUCUCUAGUUAUGUGUGAACAUAAUUCUUUGAUUAACUGCAAAAAUGUGUGUUUUGUGGAGCGAACGAAAAUUAAACAAUGGAAAAUAACUAUAUGUAUAAAACUAAUUGCAAAAUCUUUUAUUCAACACUUUCCCUAAUCUCGGAACAAAAAAACAUGCUUUAAAUAACAAAAGAGCGAUUUUUUUAAUAAAAUUGUACAUAUUUUAUUGCUUAGCUUUAUUAAUGACUUUCUAACUCGGCAAAAUUAUUAUUAAAUUGAUAAAAUAAAUUAUCAGCUAAUAUUUUAUUUACGCAAUAAUCACGAUUUUUGAGUUUUCUUGAACCGAAACAAAAGAAUCCCGU